GCCCAUCGAGCGAUCUCUCCUUUUUGCCCUCCACUCCAACAAAAGUCCUCUAAAACCACCCUGACCUCGUCGUCUCUCUCCCAAUCAAGCUGGUGGUUUGGCUCCGCUCACGCACCGCGUGGCGACCACGAUCGCGUACUCCCCUCCCGCUACACCAUAACCCGCGGGGGGCCUUUUUCGCUGCGCGAUCUCUUCUUCAGUCAUUCCGGGGGCGCUUGCGUACGCGGCAAGGGAGUCGCCAGCAGCCGUACGUCUCAAAGCAGAGUCCGAUCGACGGCCGAGGGUUUUGAGAGGAAGCACCCCGCGCGGGACCGAUGGCGAUGGCGGCGGCGGCGCCGGCGGCGUUGUCGCCGGGGACGGUGCCUUUGGGGGUGCUGCUGCGGCGGGAGGUGACCAAGGAGCGGAUGGAGCGGCCGGACGUGCUGUGCGGGGAGGCCAACCGCAGCCGCAAGGGCGAGGACUUCACGCUGCUCCGCGCAGACGCCGGCCAGCGCAUCCCCGGGGACCCCUCCACCUCCUUCUCCGUCUUCGCGCUUUUCGAUGGGCACAACGGAUCAGGAGCUGCCAUAUACGCAAGGGAGAAUCUGUUGAAGAAUGUCUUGCGUGCCAUUCCUACAUGUUUCUGCAGAGAGGAGUGGCUUGCCGUGCUCCCACGUGCGCUUGUUGCAGCGUUCGUCAAGACCGAUAAAGAUUUCCAGGCAGUAGCUGAAACUUCUGGUACAACUGUGACAUUUGUGAUAAUAGACGAGUGGGUUGUGACUGUAGCAUCUGUCGGUGAUUCACGUUGCAUACUAGAAUCUGCCGAUGGUUCAAUUUAUUUUUUAUCAGCUGAUCACCGCUUUGACUCCAACCCAGAUGAGGUCAAGCGCGUGACAGCAUGUGGGAGCAAAGUUGGGAAAAUGGACAUUGUCGGUGGUCCAGAGGUUGGUCCUCUAAGAUGUUGGCCAGGUGGCCUGUGUUUAUCUAGAUCGAUAGGGGAUUUGGAUGUUGGUGAAUGCAUCAUUGCUGUUCCUCAUGUUAAGCAAGUGAAGCUUUCUAAUGCUGGAGGCAGAAUUGUCAUUGCAAGCGAUGGUGUAUGGGAUGAUUUGACAUGUGAAAUGGCUCUUGACUGUUCCCGUGGGUUCUCAUCAGAUGUAGCUGCCCAUCGAAUUGUUAAUGAAGCAACCCGGCCUCGAGGAAUCAGGGAUGAUACUACUUGCAUCGUAAUUGACAUUCUACCACCAGAAAAUAUAGCCCCGAUCCCGAGUCCUCCUAAGAGACCGAGCAGGAUUGCAUUCAAUAAUAUGUUUCGGAGAAGAUCUCUGGAUGUUCCCUUCAAAACAAAUAGAUCAGAAUAUGCUGAACCUGAUGUGGUGGAAGAAAUAUUUGAAGAUGGCUCUCCGAUGCUUUCUAAAAGGCUGGAGAAGUAGAAAUGUCAACUUGAAAUCAUUGGAGUACUAGCAUCAAUGUAAUUGUGAUGGAGAUGUCCUUAUGUGUACCACUGCAUCAAUGUAGAGUAGAUCUGGUUCUAUGAUUGUGUCCUUAUGUUUAUGGCAAUGAAAGAGACAUAUUUAGCUUAUGCACACUCGGCUGGUACAAUUACUAUGGUACUCCACUAGAUUGUCAGAUCCUGUUGUCUGCUAAAGGAUCUUAGGACUUGCAGUAGUAAUUAUUGGAUACAGAAAAUGAGUUGGCACUGCUGCUUGACGGUAUCAGCCACAGCCCCGUUUUUGUUUCCAUAUAUGCUAAUCAGUGGCGGAGCCAGGAUUUUACAGCUGGGUAUUCCACGUAUAAAAAAUUUUCAAUGCAUAUGUGCAAUAGUAAUAGGGGACAAAAUCAAUACAAAAUUGAUCCUGAUGCACAACUCAAGUAGUACAUAUAAUUUUCUUAAAAUAUAUGCUAGGUAAAAUAUUUGUUUAUCCUGGUAACAAGGCAUCAGGCAAAGUGAGCCUAGUGUCGCCACUGGUAAUAAUCAAAGUAUAUAUAAAUUCUUUAUCUAUGUUACAAGAACACAAUGCAACAUUUCUUAAAAAAAAAAACUAGAACGCAACAAAAAGAAGAAGAAAACGAAACCUUCAAUUCUUACUUUAAAAAAUAAAAAAUGGAUGUGGGAUCUUUGUGUUCACCUUGUUGUUGCUUCAAGCCGUAUAUUGGUCGUAUAUAAGAAAGGCGUUGAGGAGGAGCCGUAUAUGAGAAAGCCUACAAAGACCACUGACCGCCGCCACCGCUAGAGGAAUGCCGUCGAUGGGGUUUCUUUCUGAUGAGUUCAUGGGCUGCCGCUACUAGUUGUUCUACUAGGCUUAGAGCAACUUCAAGAGUUUAACUAUUCUUGUUGCUUGUGCUAUUUCAGAAUUUGUAUAGCAAAAAGUAGACUCCAACUAAUAUGCUAUCUAAUUUUGUAAAAUAGGAAGUUCGCUUUCUCUUGAUUUUCGGUGGCUAUAUAUAGCUUAUUACAGACGCUAACUAUAAGACUUUGUAAAGUAACAAUUGUUGUAGAUCUCUUCUUUUUUUAAGAAAUUUUCUAUUCGACAAAAUACCUAAACAAUAGAAUUUGACAAUUAAUUUUAGCCAGACUAUUGGAGUUGCCCUUAUGGGCUACAUAUUUGCAACAUUCAACAAACUAACAUAUAUACUGAUUAUACAUGUGUGUGUAUAUACAUAUAUUUGUGUUUGUCACAAAAAUCAUGGGUAUUCCAUGGAAUACAGGGGCAUACCCCUGGCGCCGCCCAUGAUGCUAAUGGUCAGGACUCAGGAUUGUCUUUGUCUGCUCAUCUGCUGAAUCCUUUCUCGACGCCUACAACCUUGGAUCCUCUUCUUUCUUGUGAUUAUUUACAUGGUCCUCAAGCCAUCCUGAUCUGGUCGAUACAUACUUUAAUAAUUUUCAGAUAAUGCAAUAAUUUUUUUUACCACUUAUACUGACAAAAUAAAUAAGUUGAAAUCUCGAUAUUUCCAGCUUUGCUUUCACUGUUCUAGUAUAUAGCACUGAAGCUAAAAUGUUGAAUUGAAUAAAAAUUUUGCCUGCUUGUUUUCUUGUUCCACUGGCCUCCGUUCAUUGCAACACUUAUUUUCUGAGAUUUUCCUUACUACUUGUUUUGUUAUCUCAUAAUGCUUCUGAUUUCUAGCACUCAUCCACU